UAAGGAAAAGCACGGAAACGACUGCUCUCUUUCGUGUGAAAUCACGGAGAACGUUGAGAAUCGAGAACCGGUGAAGCCUCACAAACACUUAGACUUUAUUUAUUAAUAGUAUUCCAGGUGGACGACCAUGGCCUCGGGAGGGGAAUCCAAAAAUGAUGACCUAGCCACUGCAAUUCUGAAACAGAAGAGCAGACCCAACAGACUGAUUGUUGAUGAAUCCAUCAAUGAAGACAACAGUGUGGUCUCUCUCUCUCAGACCAAGAUGGACGAGCUGCAGCUCUUCCGGGGAGACACGGUGCUGAUGAAGGGAAAGAAGAGGAGGGAGACUGUGUGCAUCGUGCUCUCUGAUGACACCUGUUCUGAUGAAAAGGUUCGGAUGAACCGAGUGGUCCGCAACAAUCUGAGGGUUCGUCUGGGUGAUGUCAUUAGCAUUCAGCCAUGUCCCGAUGUGAAGUACGGAAAAAGGAUCCAUGUUCUCCCAAUCGAUGACACGGUAGAAGGAAUUACUGGCAACCUGUUUGAGGUUUACCUGAAGCCAUACUUCUUGGAGGCUUACAGGCCAAUCCGCAAAGGUGAUAUUUUCCUGGUCAGAGGUGGCAUGCGUGCUGUGGAGUUCAAGGUGGUGGAGACCGAUCCCUCCCCAUACUGCAUUGUUGCUCCUGAUACAGUCAUCCAUUGUGAGGGAGAACCAAUCAGGAGAGAGGAUGAGGAAGAAUCUCUGAAUGAGGUGGGCUAUGAUGACAUUGGAGGAGUGAGGAAGCAGUUGGCUCAGAUCAAAGAGAUGGUGGAGCUGCCUCUUAGACACCCUGCACUGUUCAAGGCCAUUGGAGUCAAGCCCCCACGUGGAAUCCUGCUGUACGGACCCCCUGGAACUGGAAAGACCUUGAUUGCCAGAGCUGUGGCCAAUGAAACUGGAGCUUUCUUCUUCUUGAUUAAUGGUCCUGAGAUCAUGAGCAAGCUGGCAGGAGAGAGCGAGAGUAACCUGAGAAAGGCCUUCGAGGAAGCGGAGAAGAAUGCCCCUGCCAUCAUCUUUAUCGAUGAGCUUGAUGCAAUUGCUCCCAAGAGAGAGAAGACUCAUGGAGAGGUGGAGAGGCGCAUUGUCUCUCAGCUGCUGACUCUUAUGGACGGCCUGAAACAGAGAGCUCAUGUCAUUGUCAUGGCUGCCACCAACAGACCCAACAGCAUCGACCCAGCUCUGAGGAGAUUUGGUCGUUUCGAUAGGGAGGUGGACAUUGGCAUCCCUGACGCCACUGGCAGAUUAGAGAUUCUUCAGAUUCACACCAAGAACAUGAAGCUGGCUGAUGACGUUGACUUGGAACAGGUCGCCAAUGAGACUCAUGGACAUGUGGGUGCAGAUCUGGCUGCCCUCUGCUCUGAGGCUGCCCUUCAGGCCAUCAGGAAGAAGAUGGACCUGAUUGACCUUGAGGAUGAGACCAUUGACGCUGAGGUCAUGAACUCGCUUGCCGUCACCAUGGAUGACUUCAAGUGGGCCCUGAGCCAGAGCAACCCAUCAGCCCUGAGGGAGACCGUUGUUGAGGUCCCCAACAUCACCUGGGAGGAUAUUGGAGGUCUGGAGGAUGUCAAGAGGGAGCUGCAGGAGUUGGUGCAGUACCCAGUGGAGCACCCAGACAAGUUCCUCAAGUUUGGCAUGACUCCAUCCAAGGGUGUGCUGUUCUAUGGUCCCCCUGGUUGUGGUAAGACUCUUCUGGCCAAAGCCAUCGCAAAUGAGUGCCAGGCAAAUUUCAUCUCCAUCAAAGGGCCUGAACUGCUCACCAUGUGGUUUGGAGAGUCUGAGGCCAAUGUCAGAGAAAUCUUUGACAAGGCUCGUCAAGCAGCCCCAUGCGUUCUGUUCUUUGAUGAGCUGGACUCCAUAGCCAAGGCUCGUGGUGGCAACGCGGGAGAUGGUGGUGGAGCAGCCGACCGUGUCAUCAACCAGAUCCUGACUGAGAUGGAUGGAAUGUCCAGCAAGAAGAACGUCUUCAUCAUUGGAGCCACAAACAGACCAGACAUCAUUGACCCCGCCAUCCUGAGACCUGGCCGUCUGGAUCAGCUCAUCUACAUCCCACUGCCUGACGAGAAGAGCAGGAUGAGCAUCCUGAAGGCCAACCUCCGCAAGAGUCCCAUCAGCAAGGAUGUGGAUUUGGACUACCUUUCCAAGAUGACCAAUGGCUUCUCUGGAGCUGACCUUACAGAGAUCUGCCAGAGGGCGUGUAAGCUCGCCAUUAGAGAGAGCAUCGAGAAUGAGAUCCGCCGAGAGAGAGAGAGGCAGACCAACCCGUCAGCUAUGGAGGUGGAAGAGGACGAUCCUGUGCCAGAGAUCAGGAAGGACCACUUUGAGGAGGCUAUGCGAUUUGCCCGUCGCUCCGUCAGUGACAAUGACAUCCGCAAAUAUGAGAUGUUUGCUCAGACACUGCAGCAGAGCCGUGGCUUUGGCAGCUUCAGAUUUCCCUCCAGUACCGCAGGCGGCACCGGUCCAGCCCAUGGCACCGGAGGAACUGGCAGUGGUCCAGUGUUCAAUGAAGACAACGACGAUGACCUUUAUGGAUAAAUGUACCGGGAUCACACCUGUACAAAUUCUCACCAGAUUCCACAUUUUUAGGACUUUGUGCUUCUUUCAUGUGUUCCAUUUUCUUUUUUGUAUGAUUUCCCUCAGAUAAAGCAUGUAACUGCUUGGUUUGCCCUGGUUUUGUUGUUGGUGGGGGUAAGGGGAUGUUGAAAAUGGAAGGUGAGUGAGUGACUGCACUUUUUUCGUUCUGUGGGGCAGGAGGAGGGGACUCUGGGGGUGUGGGGGGGUUUAUUGAGUGGCCUCAUUCUCAGUAUAUCACAACCAACAUGAAUGGCUUUAGUGACGGGAUUCUAUGCUUGACCAUAAAAGAAAAGAAAAAACAUAUUGCUAAUGACUUCCUCUUUUUUUAAAUAAACAGUAGCAUUUAAUGUAUUACAAAUUUGUCAAGGUUAUGUUGUUCAAAAUAAAAUCUCACGAAAUGGAGGGCGUUA